UGUGGUGGUUUUACUGAUUUUGUUUCUUAUUAUGUACAUGAUCAUCUCUGCAUCAUGUGUCAAUCUUUCUAUAUAAUAUCCCCUUUCCUCUUCCUGUAUUUCCACAAGUGUCCUCGUGACCUCAGAUUCUUUUUCGCCUCAUAUUGGGUGCCCUAGAUCCAUAAAAAAUGCAUCUUCAACGUACCUGUUUCGAGUUUCCAUAUUGACGCAUGGCCCUUCGGAUCCUUGGAUCUCGUCGUCGUCAUCAUUCUCAAGUUUUGCCUUUGAGACGUACAUAUCACACGAUGAUGAAAGCAAGGAAGGUCUUUGGGGUUUCUCUCUCUCUUAUUCUCAUCAACAUGGCCGCUAUAAUGGAACGUGCUGAUGAGAACCUCCUUCCUGCCGUUUACAAAGAAGUCAGUGAAGCUUUCGUUGCUGGGCCUACUGAUCUUGGAUAUCUAACGUUCAUACGGAACUUUGUACAGGCAGUGUCAUCACCUUUAGCUGGUAUAUCAGUUCUUCAUUAUGACCGUCCCACAGUUCUUGCAAUGGGUACUGUUUGUUGGGCCUUAUCCACUGCUGCAGUAGGUGCCAGCCAACAUUUUCUGCAGGUAGCUUUCUGGAGAGCCAUAAAUGGUAUUGGGCUGGCCAUUGUUAUACCAGCACUGCAGUCCUUCAUAGCUGAUAGCUAUCUGGAUGGUGUUCGAGGGAGAGGGUUUGGGUUGCUAAGUCUUGUUGGUUCUGUGGGUGGAGUAGGAGGUGGUGCUGUGGCAACAGUUAUGGCCGGUCAGGAAUUUUGGGGAAUACCUGGAUGGCGCUGUGCAUUUAUUAUGAUGGCAUUAUUGAGUUCACUGAUUGGAUUCCUUGUCUUUCUGUUCGUCAUUGACCCAAGGAGAACACUUACCAUCACUAAUGCGACUGGGACCACUUCUGAGAGGAACAGUUUGAUACCAAAUCACAGUCCACCAUCAGCUUGGAUGGAAUCCUGGAAAGCUGUGAAAUCCGUUAUGAAAGUUCAAACAUUUCAGAUAAUUGUCCUGCAGGGGAUUGUUGGUUCACUGCCAUGGACUGCCAUGGUUUUCUUCACAAUGUGGUUUGAACUAAUUGGCUUUGAUCAUAGUUAUUCAGCGGCACUCAUCAGCCUUUUUGCACUUGGAUGUGCUAUGGGGAACCUCCUUGGUGGACUAAUAGCAGAUCAUAUGUCGCACCUCUAUCCAAACUCUGGCCGUAUCAUGUGUGCCCAGUUCAGUGCUUUCAUGGGAAUCCCAUUCUCAUGGUUCCUCCUCACAGUGAUCCCACAGUCAGUCAGCCGCUGGUUCACCUUUGCCAUCACCCUUUUCCUUAUGGGCCUCACCAUCAGCUGGUGCGGAAAUUGUGCAAAUAAUCCCAUGUUUGCUGAGGUGGUCCCUGCAAAGCACCGGACCAUGAUAUAUGCAUUUGAUCGUGCCUUUGAAGGAUCAUUCUCUUCAUUUGCAGCCCCAAUCGUUGGAAUGCUUUCAGAGAAGGUUUAUGGCUAUGACCCAAAAUCUGUGAAUUUAGUGUCAGGGUCUGUGCAGGAGGCCUUCGCUAUCUCAAGGGGGCUGCUCUCAAUGAUGGCAGUUCCCUUUGGUAUAUGCUGCUUAUUUUGUACCCCGUUGUAUUGGAGAUUUGGGCGGGAUCGUGAUGCUGCUCAAACUUUAAAUUCAAAAGAGCAAGAGAUGAUAUGAAGUUUCAUUUAACUUUCUAACCACUUGACAGUCUAGCCCUCAUCAACUGACAUGGCAGCAUGAGGAUGUGAUCCAACUCUGAGACUAGGACUUGAUCUAAGGAAUGGAGAUGCAAAUCCCUGCACAAUGUCAAUUUCAUCCACAGAAAUCUUGCAGUAGAUUUUUUUUGGUAUUCAGCUGCCAGUUCCUGAGGUGUUUCCUGAAAAUAUGGUUUUGUCUUUUUCAUUACAUGGCAAAAGUGAGCGCUGUAAAUGAAAAAAAAUUAAGAUUCACUGCAAAUUCAAUUUGAUAAUGUAUUCUGAUUGUUUGAAAAGUGAAUACCUUUGCCAUGUUUUUUACAAGUAUCUAAGAGAUUUAGCUGAAAA